UCCGAGCCGUGCACUCCUAGCCCCGCUCCACCUCCUCCUCCUCCCGCUCCUGCUCGCUCGGGCUCCGGCGCCGGCUCCGGCUCCUCCCGGCCGCCCGGGGCCAGGGCGACGUGAGGUUGUAAAAAUCCAUGUGGGACAGCCCCGGGGCGAGCAUCGGAAAGUUUGGCUGUCAAUUUGGAUGUGGCAGUGGGGUCGAGCCAGAUCCUUUCCGGAGGGUAGAAGAGUUUGCCUUUAAGAUCCUCUGGAGUCAUUUUCUGGUACAGACUGUGAAAAGAAUGCAUUGAAAAUUCUGGCCGAUAGUGGAAAUAUUGGCAUAACCCCCAACUUAGUAUAGCAGUCCUUCUCUUUGGUAGCACCUCAUAAUAGAAGAAAAAUGUAUGGAAGUGCAAGAACAAUCACCAAUCUGGAAGGCAGUCCUUCCAGAUCUCCUCGUUUGCCAAGGUCUCCUCGUUUGGGCCACAGAAGAACAAGCAGUGGGGGAGGUGGAGGAACAGGCAAGACACUGUCCAUGGAGAAUAUCCAGUCCCUUAAUGCAGCCUAUGCUACAUCUGGACCUAUGUAUCUGAGUGAUCAUGAGGGAGUGGCUUCGACAACUUACCCAAAGGGCACCAUGACUCUGGGAAGGGCCACAAAUCGAGCUGUAUAUGGAGGCCGAGUCACAGCCAUGGGGAGUAGUCCCAAUAUUGCUUCUGCUGGACUUUCCCACACAGAUGUUCUUUCAUACACGGAUCAACAUGGUGGUCUGACUAGCUCAUCCCAUCAUCACCACCACCAGGUCCCUUCCAUGUUGAGGCAGGUAAGGGAUAGCACAAUGUUAGACCUUCAAGCCCAGCUCAAGGAACUUCAGAGAGAGAAUGACCUCCUCCGGAAAGAACUAGACAUCAAGGACAGCAAGUUAGGAUCUUCCAUGAACAGUAUCAAGACGUUCUGGAGUCCUGAGCUCAAAAAGGAGAGAGUCUUGAGGAAAGAAGAGGCAGCCCGAAUGUCUGUCCUCAAGGAGCAGAUGAGGGUUUCCCAUGAAGAAAAUCAGCACCUGCAGUUGACAAUCCAAGCCCUUCAGGAUGAGCUUCGGACCCAGAGAGACCUCAAUCACCUCCUGCAGCAAGAGAGUGGCAACCGUGGAGCUGAGCACUUCACCAUUGAGCUGACUGAGGAGAACUUCCGGCGGCUCCAAGCUGAGCAUGACAGACAAGCUAAGGAGCUGUUCCUCUUAAGGAAGACCUUAGAGGAAAUGGAGCUGAGAAUUGAAACACAGAAACAGACCCUCAACGCCCGAGACGAGUCGAUUAAAAAGCUUCUUGAGAUGUUGCAAAGUAAAGGUUUGCCUUCUAAAAGUCUCGAGGAUGACAAUGAACGGACACGGCGGAUGGCAGAGGCUGAGUCUCAAGUCAGCCACUUAGAAGUGAUUUUAGACCAGAAAGAGAAGGAAAACAUACAUCUUAGAGAGGAAUUGCACCGAAGGAGCCAACUUCAGCCGGAGCCAGCAAAGACGAAGGCUCUCCAGACUGUCAUUGAAAUGAAGGACACAAAAAUCGCUUCAUUGGAGCGAAACAUAAGGGAUCUGGAGGAUGAGAUCCAGAUGUUAAAAGCCAAUGGUGUGCUGAACACUGAGGACCGCGAAGAAGAGAUCAAACAAAUAGAGGUUUACAAAAGUCACUCCAAGUUCAUGAAAACCAAGAUUGAUCAACUGAAGCAGGAGCUUUCAAAGAAGGAGUCAGAACUUCUUGCCUUACAAACAAAGCUUGAAACCCUUAGCAAUCAAAAUUCAGAUUGCAAGCAACACAUUGAAGUGCUUAAAGAGUCGCUUACUGCCAAAGAACAGAGGGCUGCCAUCCUUCAGACCGAGGUGGAUGCGCUGAGGUUACGAUUAGAGGAGAAAGAAUCUUUUCUCAAUAAAAAAACAAAACAGCUGCAGGACCUAACAGAAGAGAAGGGGACACUGGCCGGAGAGAUUCGAGACAUGAAGGACAUGUUAGAAGUGAAGGAAAGAAAAAUCAAUGUUCUUCAGAAGAAGAUUGAAAACUUGCAAGAACAGCUUAGAGAUAAAGACAAACAACUAACCAAUCUGAAAGACAGAGUAAAGUCCUUGCAGACGGAUUCCAGUAAUACGGAUACUGCGCUAGCAACACUCGAAGAGGCUUUGUCAGAAAAGGAGAGAAUAAUUGAGCGUUUGAAAGAACAGCGGGAGAGAGAUGAUCGGGAAAGACUAGAAGAGAUAGAAUCUUUCCGGAAAGAGAACAAAGAUCUGAAAGAGAAGGUCAAUGCUUUACAAGCUGAACUGACUGAAAAAGAGUCUAGUUUAAUUGACCUCAAGGAACAUGCAUCUUCAUUAGCCUCAGCAGGACUGAAAAGGGACUCCAAAUUAAAAUCUCUAGAAAUAGCCAUUGAACAAAAGAAAGAAGAAUGUAGCAAAUUGGAAGCACAGUUAAAAAAGCAAGCUGAGCAGUUGUUCAAUCAGAUGUACAAUCCAGCUCAUAAUGUUGAAGAUGACUCCAGGAUGAACCCCGAGUUUGCAGACCGAAUAAAACAACUUGAUAAAGAGGCAUCUUACUACCGUGAUGAGUGUGGCAAGGCCCAAGCGGAAGUUGACCGGUUGCUGGAGAUCCUCAAGGAGGUGGAGAAUGAAAAGAAUGACAAGGACAAGAAGAUUGCAGAACUUGAGAGCUUGACUCUCAGGCAUAUGAAGGAUCAGAAUAAGAAGGUGGCCAACCUCAAGCACAACCAACAGUUGGAAAAGAAGAAAAAUGCCCAAUUACUGGAAGAAGUCCGCAGGCGAGAAGAUAGCAUGGCUGACAACUCACAGCACUUGCAGAUAGAGGAACUGAUGAAUGCAUUGGAGAAGACCCGACAGGAACUGGAUGCCACCAAGGCACGCCUGGCCUCCACGCAGCAGUCUCUGGCUGAAAAAGAAGCGCAUUUAGCCAACCUCCGGAUAGAAAGGAGAAAACAGCUGGAGGAGAUCCUGGAGAUGAAACAGGAAGCACUGCUUGCAGCAAUCAGUGAGAAAGAUGCAAAUAUUGCCUUGCUGGAAUUGUCUGCUUCCAAAAAGAAAAAGACACAGGAAGAAGUUAUGGCCCUCAAGCGGGAAAAAGAUCGACUUGUGCAUCAGUUAAAGCAGCAGACCCAGAACAGAAUGAAGCUGAUGGCAGAUAACUAUGACGAGGACCACCACCAUUACCACCACCACCACCACCACCACCACCACCGGUCUCCUGGGAGGUCGCAACAUUCCAAUCACAGGCCCUCUCCCGACCAGCGAUCAGAAGAGCUAACUAAAGGGGAAACGCAGCUCUGCAGCAAUAUUCUGAUAAUCUGUUGCAGCGUGGCUCACGUCACUGGCCAUCACCACCUGGAACGCUCAUCAGGACUGGAAGAGGGGCUUUCGUUGUCAUUAUGGCGCACAGUUCUGUUCAACUUGAUAUUUCCUUUAUCAUCUCAUGUCAUUUCUCAUGGAUUCAGAUAUGCUGGACAGGAAGAAUGAGGAGGAGGAGGAAAACGACAGAUCCUCCUUUUUUUAGGGGGGGUCGGGAUUUGGGCAUUUAAAAUGUGAUCAUCUCUUCUGAAUGUCAUUAUUUGAUACGUUUUAUUUAUGUUACUUAAACAUUGUGGGGUAAAUUUGAACUCCAUGUGGCUUCAGCUUCUGUUGGACCACUAGCUUCAUCUCCAGUUUUUCUGCUGGUUCAGUCGAAGUGGUCAUUCCUAAUGCAUUAGAUUAUCAAAAGUGUAAAUUCUGUGAGUGAAUGGUGUUGGCCGUGUUUGUAUACCACGAUGCAUGGAGUGUUUGACGAAGAAACCAAAACACCAAAAAUGGCGAGCCUUUACCCUCCUCUAUUUCUUUAAUCCGCUGUGUGAAGAACCACAUUUUGAUGGUGUAACCAGUAGUUACCUCUGGGCCAGGUUGGAAAUGAAAUCAAUUUUUUAAACCACUAAUAUCUGCCAAGAAAUCGCCUUAUGAGAACAUGGUGUGUGUCUCUGACAAAGCAUGGCACAUCUAAAUCGAUCAUUCAUGAUUUUAUCUACCCUGUCUUUGGACUGGAGAGUGGCAAAAGCCUGAGGCACCCGCACCCUUCUAUCCCAUGCGGCCCACACAUCCCCGUGGCAGGGAUGUGCCCAGCCUCAGGCUCUUACCAUUCUCAAACACGCAGGUCUCCACGAAGAAGCUGGGACUCAUUCACAUUUCCAGAUCCAAAUGCUGUGCAAACAGUAUAAGCUUCGAUCUUCUGUAAAUGAAGGGUCAUUUCUCAUUUUUUAAAAAAAUGUCUCCAACAUGGAUUCCAAAGCAUUUUCGGCAUCAAACAUGAAAACAUUGAUGAAUGAGGAAUAAUCACAAGAGCUGUGUAUCUGUCUACAGCGCUACACAGCAUGUGUGUGGGUACAGAGUCAUUAUUUAAAGCACAUGCCAGGGAAAGAGACCAAAUUUGGAAGUCUUUUACAUACAGUGACAUGGUACUAAGGAGAAUUUAACUCCUACUGCUUUCUCUGAAGAUUAAACAAUAAGGAAAGUUGUUAUAACUUCAUAGAACUCACGACCAGUCUGGCAAACGUGUGCAACUCCCGCAUUGAUCCACUUUCUUGUCAAGGGAAGAAAGCCUUCCACAGGUAUGCAAGUGGGAGGUGAAAAUCUGCAUUCUUAAAAGGAUAAACAGUGAAGCUAAGCAUGAGUGGCCUUAAUAAAUACAGUUGUCUUUCUUUGCUGCUGUGGGAAGGAUUCUAACAUUUCAGAUGUUCCUGAAGUCUUGCAUUGAAUUUAGUUGUUAUUAUUACUUUUCAAAAUGUUGGUGCAAUUAACUCCGGACCUCUCCCGUGAGCCAUAGAGAUAUUUAAAAGACAGACACCUUAUUUGUCGGGGAAGAUGAAACCGUGUCUGAGUUGCACUGUUCAUCCUUGGUGCAUUAGGAGUAAUAUUUUCAAGCAGGUUUCUUUGCUUCUGGCUUUGUUCUUGUUGUCAGUAAGUAUAACGAACUACGUAAAGCUUUCGUGUUGCAUAAACAAUCCAAAUACAUUCAUGUUUAAAAAGUUUGUCCUUUAACUAUCAAAGGGAUUUAGGACCUUGACCGGAGAAGAGAGCAGAGUUCUUUGCAAGCGUUUAUAGCACAUUUUGACAUAAUGUCGCACUGAAAACCCAGGCCACACAAACGUGUCCCCGUGAACAAUUUGGGUGCCCUCAAAAAGGCGGUCCUCAUCGACUCCUGCGGCCAGAUCCUGACCUGAACUCUGCAACUGAAUACUUGAAGUAGGAGUAGGAAAUCCACUAGGGAAAAUAGGGUCCUCAAAACAGAAAAAGCAACCAACCACGUAUAGUUAGCUAUUUCUAAGUAUGUGCCAAUUUUGUCCCAGCUAUUGUUUGGGGGGGGCAUUUUUUGCUCCACUUUUGUUGAUUUAAAGUAUUAUCAAUCUUAGCGUUACAGGGGCAUAUUAUUUAGUCCCUUAAAAAUUAAAUUCCGUCUGACAUAGCAUCUUUUCCCAUUUUGUGUAACAUUCUCUGAUGUUUGGGGGUUACCAAAAAAACCCCUUUUCACAAAAAUAGUCUCUGGGUUUACAACAAACACUGUGAUGUUGGGGAGAUAUUUCCUUUGCGCAAAACGUUAGCAGGUACCCCUCUAAUCAUAAUGAAGUUGAAAAAAAAUAGUUGAGGCUAACAUUUAGGAGAAGUUGGUCUUCUUGCCUUGUGCAAAAGCAGGCUUGUACUUUAUACCCCAUUUGAUUUUGAUGUACAGUCUCGGUUUUGUAUUUAAUGAUUUUUGUGUAUCCAGUAUGCACGUGAACAGCGUGUCAACUUUCAUUUGAAAGUGGGUUUCAAUUUACUUUUUAAACAGUGUUUAUGAUGAGACCUCAAAUGUGUUGACAUAAGCUCUAUCUGAGAUGUGUUUGUGCAGAGUGGCAUUUGAAUGCUGCCAGGGGUCAGUGUAUCUAAUUCCCAGAGACCCUUGUUUGAUAGUGCUUCUUGUCAUUUUUCUUCAAGUGAGUGGCAUGUGGGUUGUGAAUAUUGACCAUGUGAUUAUGGAUUUCGAUAUGAAAACAAUAAAUAAAACUAAGGAACCCUCAGAAACUACCAGUGGGCAUGUAUUAGCCAGUCAUUGUAACCUUGUGUCUAGUAGAAGUACAACAGCACUCAAGGUAUGUACAGUUCAGAACUUUGUUAUCCUGUGUAUGAGAAGUACUUUGUGCUGAUCGCCUUAUUUCUAUUCAUCAAAUAAACUUUGU